ACGGUCUACUUCCUCGACACCCUCAAAAGGAGCACAUCUCCCGAUACACAUCAUCCCCACCACCUAAAGCCAUCUCUUGUUCUGUGUUCGUGAUGAGGAAGUUCUCGGGACAUUAGAUUGGCUCUCCCCACAGCAAGCUUCUCAUAACUGGGAAAUCGAGAAAAGACACAGCACUCUUGUUCUCCUCUCAAGCAUGGGGUGCUUUCUUGCCUGCUUCGGAGAUGUCAAGGAUCGAAAGCGGCGUCGAUCGCCUAAGAAGUCGCUUCCGCUUGAGAGGGUGCACGAAAGGUACAGACUUUUGCGUUCGAAUGUUUCCCGGAAGCAGAUCACGCCGAUGCCACUCAUGCCGAAGGUUUCGCCGCCGAAUCUUCCGGUGGAUACAGUAACUGACACUCUUCUGCAGCUGAAGUGCCACGAUUUAAUCCAGGAGAAUCUUGCGCAGGGGAGCUUCAGGCGAACCAGGAAGAAGGUUACGUUCGAUUUGAACGUCCAAACGCAUGAGUAUGUAUUAGGCGAUGAAGGUCCUAAGUGUCCAUCGGAAGAUGACGAAGCGACCGAAGUUAUAGACGAGGAGAGGAAGCCACAUAAAGGGCAAGAUACAUCUUUUACCAAGUUUGGAUCUUUCCCCUCUAACCAUAGGUAUCAGAACUGUGGAAGCAGCGAUGAUGACGAAGGCGUCAGCGAAGAAGAUGAAGAGGACUACGAGGAUAGUGAUAUCGAUGAGGAAGAGGAUAACGAGGAUGGAGAUGAGGAAGGGUCAUAUGAUUUCCUCUUUUCUUUGGCAAACGAUGAUGAGCCGCAAGGUGUUCAAGAAGCUAAUAGCCCCUCCUCCUCCCCUGAUAGGCGGCCGAUCCUUUUGGCAAGAGGCAACACACGCGAUAGGAGACAGUAUGUGCACUCAGUACUGAACCCUGUAGAAAACGUGUCGCAGUGGAAGGAAGUCAAGGUACGUGCGGCACCAGCGAAGAAGAAUUCCACGAAAGAAAACGUUGGCGCAGAGAAGGAGAACCAAAUGGAGCCCAUGGUCAAAGUCAAGAAGCCUACUAAACAGGAGGUCUCAGUGGAAGCCAGCCUCUCGAGCUGGUUGUCCUGGUCGGAGAAUUCGACUGUGGAAGGGCCUGAGUUGAGCAAUUCACGUGAUCGGCCGAACUACUCAUGGUUUAGCCAAGAGGAACGACGGCCUGUUUUGGGCGACGUUAAGCAAGCAUCAGUUGCAUCUUCGCCUGGGAGGUUCCCCAGCAGGAGCACGGAGGAGAUUCCAAUCUUGGGUACUGUGGCUGUGUACCGGACCUGCAAGAACCACGGAGAUGAGCACACAGGCAUUCAAAAUACCAUCAGCAAGUACGGAGAGAUAUACUGAAUGACAUAGCACAUGAAUCUUAUCGAAGGUGUGGGAGCACUCGUAUCUUUGUUUGGCUGUCGUAGGAUAAGACACUGAACUGGCACUUUCACUCCUUUCCAAGUGAUCCUGGAGAGGGCUCUACAAAAUGGUGUGCUGCAUGAAUACUUUCCAGUAGGAUUUCAAAUUCCCAGUUUCACUGCUCUGAUUCCUGUCAUAUCUUUCUCUUUCUUUGUUGUGUUUUUU